AUCGACAACUAAAGCUCUUUUUCACCACCGGACAAAAAGUUUUCAUUUUCCCAGGUGCCGACGCCUGUCCUCCCCCUUCCGUUUAAUCGCUUCGUUGUCACGCAACCUCCGAUCCACCGCAGGCAGCUAUGAAGAUCACCGCCUUGCUCGUCCUCAAGGCCGCUCCCGAAACCACGGAUCCCGUCAUCCUCGCCAACGCCUCCGACGUCUCUCACUUCGGCUAUUUCCAGCGAUCUAGCGUCAAGGAGUUCGUCGUCUUCGUCGGUCGCACUGUCGCCAGCCGCACCCCUCCUUCCCAGCGCCAAUCCGUCCAGCACGAAGAGUACAAGGUUCACGCUUACAAUAGAAAUGGCCUUUGCGCUGUUGGAUUCAUGGACGAUCAUUACCCUGUUCGUAGUGCCUUUUCUCUUCUCAAUCAGGUCAUAGAUGAGUAUCAGAAGAGUUUUGGGGAGACAUGGAGGUCUGCUAAAGAAGACUCCGCUCAGCCCUGGCCUUACUUGGCCGAUGCUCUUACCAAAUUUCAGGAUCCAGCAGAGGCUGAUAAGCUGUUGAAAAUCCAGAGGGAGUUGGAUGAGACCAAGAUUAUCCUUCAUAAAACCAUUGAUAGCGUUCUAGCCCGUGGUGAGAAGCUGGACAGCCUAGUGGAGAAGAGCUCAGAUUUGAGCAUGGCGUCGCAGAUGUUCUACAAGCAAGCGAAGAAAACGAAUUCAUGCUGCACUAUUCUUUGAGCUUCAACUGUGGAUGUCCUAAGGUAUAUAUAGUCAACCAAACUUCUGCUCGGGGCGACUCUGUUUUUCUUUUUUAUGCAUUUGAUCCCGUGUCUCUACACUUUAAUAUUCCACCAGACUCGUGUUGUGCGGUGUGCUAUCCAUAUACAUUUCAGUUACAAUUGUCUGCCAAUUUUUAUAUGAUUGCUUGUGUUCAUCUUCUCACUUUGUUACCAUUUAUGUAUAAAAGACAACUUUGUUA